AGUUCACAGCUUCAGCAGAUCUCAGCCCAUGUCGGACUCCUUACGGUCUCGGAAUGGGUGAUGCUAUGGAGCCCAUCCAGCUGAGCAUUUUGAAGUUCGCUGGGGAUCCCAUAGAGACCAGUGCCAACCCGGAGGACACCGUGGUGUCAGUCAAGGAGCAGAUUGCGGAACUGGUUCAAGUACCGGUGCUUUGCCAGAAGCUGUGGCUCCAUGAGGCUUCCGGGGAGCAAGUGGGGCGCACCCAGCCACUGCGGAAGAAACGCAUGGACGACCUAGAGGAGGAGUUCCAGUAUGGUUGGCAGAUCCAGGAGGUGCGAAGUUUCCACUGCCCGCCGCAGGGCGUGGUGGAAUGCGUGCACCUCUCGUUGAUUUUGCUGUGCGCCAGCUCCACCUUUGAGAUCUCUGACAGUCAACUGAAUGUCAGAGGUCAUCGCCUAGAGCAAUGGGACGUUUGCAAGCGGUUUUUGGAGAACCCCGUCGAGUACAUGUCGGCGCUGAAGAAAUUUUCAGAUGACAUUUGCGCAGGGAGGCUUUCUUCGGACCAGGUCGAAUUGGCGCAGAAUAAGAUCGAAGAAAUGGGCCACACCUUCUCGGCACGCUACUUCCAACGUGUGAGCGAAUUCUGUAGCUUAUUGGUGCGCUGGGUGUCUUGUGCUUUGAAGCUCUAUCAUGCAGUCAAUGCCAAAGAUGGUCCGCUGGAGUUGGAAGAUGACUUCCAGCUCAGCGUCUACGCUGACGGCAGCUCCUUGCAGUUGGCCUUGGUGGUCGACCCAGAAGCACUCUUCGAGUCCAUGGAGGACUCGAUGGAGAAGAAGCUCGAGGCCAUCGCAGCGCUGAAGACCUUGGGCGCCAAGUUCCCAGACCGCGCAUUAAGAGAGUUGGGGACCGCCCUCAUCAGCGGCUACGCGGAGCUGCGAGCCGCGGCACUGGAUGCUAUCAAAGGAUGGCCAGCCAACGAGGAGUUUGCCACCAUGCUGCAUAACGAGAUCCCCAUUUUUUAUCGCGAGCCGUGUCCCAAAAACGAAGUCCUGGCAGCGUUGGAGCACUUGGGACCUCAACAUCCACAGCUCUUGAAGCGAGUGGCCACUGGCUUGAAUGCUGGAAACUGCCAGAGGAAGGUGAGUCCAAAGAAGAAGAAGGGGAAGGAGUGGAAACCUGCAGAGGAGCCAGACGAGGAAUUCUGCUUGGAAACCUUCAAGCGCCUACAGCUCGAGGAGGAUCCAAAAAAGGUGCUGGAUUGUUUGGCCUACGCGAUCUUCCACCCAGCCACCCGCAGGGCCAACAUGGACAUCAUUUGCCAAGCCCUUUCCCUCGCCGCCAGCCGCGACUACGACACCGCGGUCCACACCAUUGUGGGCCGUGCGCAGUUUGCCGAUGAGGUGGAGGAGCCCUGGGUCCGUGCUCGCGCCGCAGAGAUGGCGAUGUGCUUCGCGGUCAAGGAGGAUGAGAAGGUCUUAAGCAUUUUGCGCAGUUGUACCGACCUCACGGGAUCGGACCUUUGCACACUGGCAAAGUGCUAUGCGCAUCUCUCCGAUGGGGAAACGCCCUUCCUGCCCAUCCUGUGUGCGGAUCUGCCGUGCGGCCAAGACCGCCGGGAAGUCUUGCAAACCAUCCAGGAGAUGAAGCCAGUGGAUAACGAGGCUGUCAUAAAGGCGAUCAUGAGGUAUCUGGAAAACUGGGAGGGUUUGCUGAGUUGCUUCGGGCCCAUGUCGAUGCUGGACGCCUGCCGAGUCAUGGAACAGGUGGCCAUCAGCGACCCUUCUCCGCUGCACAAGGCCUAUACCCAGCUGCUUAAGGCGCUGGCGUUGCGCUUGGCAAGACCGCGCACCAACGACCUCUAUGACUUGCAGUGUCGGAGGUUCUUGCUCGACAAGGCGCAAGAGAAAGGCGGUGCGAAUGACGAGGUGCUGUCUUGCCUUGCCUCGGGGUUCAGCAGCAGCAUCGAGCCAAUCAGAAGGGAGUGCUUAUACUUCUUCCAGAAGGUCGCCAAGUCACCGGACGCCGAUGUGGUGCAGGUGCUUUUGGAGGUCCUGGACGAUGACUUCAGCAGCUGGUCUUGUAGCACUGCCCUCGAAGCGCUGAGAAGUUGUUGCGAUGCUGAGCUACUGGAGACACGUGCACUGCGCCAUCUGCUGAAGCUACUAAAGACCAAGAGCAAUAGCCUCGUGAAAUGCGCGGCACUGAAGGCUCUUCAUGCCGUGCACAAUGGUGAAGUGACUGACCUCGCAGCGCGCCUGGCGCGCCAAGACCCCAUCGACAGCGUGCGGCUGGCGGCGCUGCAGCUACUGAGGGGGCAAGAGGCAGCAGAGGUGUCCAACCUGGCCGUGGAAGUGCUCUGCACCGACAGCUCCGAGACCGUGCUGCUGGGCGCGCUGGAGGUCUUGACCCCGCUGAGCGCGGCCGGGAGUGCGGGGAAGGCUGCGGUGGAAGCUGCGAAGAAGCUGUUGAUUCAUCCCAGCAGACAGGUCCGCUUAGAGAGUGCCCGUUUGCUGGGCACAGCAUCCCACGAUGCCGCCUCAGGCGUCACAGUGGUCACAAUGGCGCUAGAGGCCUUGCAGGCACCAGCCAAGGUGGGUGUGUGGCCGGAAGUGGAUGCAGAAAUCUUGUCGCAGAAGGAAGAAUCUGCGGCGGCCUUGCGUGCUCUUUGAACCCUAUGGCGCACCCUUCCGCUCCAGCGGAUCACAUUUUCUCAAGAUUUAUUCGGCUUGUGGCGCUCGUGGGCCGAAUGCUGGCAGCAUGCUGGCCAGUUGUUCACAGGAUGUGGAUUAUACAUGAUUGUGCUGCUCAUCACGGAAUGUCCAGCGAGUAGAGGUGGUUAAGCGACCUUUGUGCGUAACAAAGCCCAGG